UCGAGAUCGACGGUCGCAGCUCAGUGAGCCCCUGCUGCAAGGGACAAGCAAGGGGACCCCCAGGAGCCCACCCCACCCUGCCCUGAGACACGUGCCCCUGGCCUGGGGACAGAGCAGGUGCAGAGGUGCUGCCGUUGCUCCGUUACCCAGCCUCCUGAAUGAUGCCAGCCCAAUGUCCCCUAACCUCCAGCCUGGCCCUCCUGGUGCUGUUGGGCACAGCCAGAGCAGGCCCCUUCUCUCCACGGUCCAAUGUGACACUCCCAGCCCCACGGCCCCCUCCGCAGCCAGGGGGCCACACAGUAGAGGCAGGAGGGAGAAGCCCCUCCUCUCGGCUUUACGAGCACACAGUGGAGGGAGGAGAGAAGCAGGUGGUGUUCACCCACCGCAUUAACCUGCCCCCUUCAGCUGGCUGUGGCUGUCCCCCGGGCACUGAGCCUCCCGUCCCUGCUUCAGAGGUGCAGGCCCUGAGGGUUCGGCUAGAAAUACUGGAGGAGCUGGUGAAGGGGCUCAAGGAACAGUGCACUGGAGGAUGUUGUCCUGCUACUGCCCAGGCUGGCACAGGCCAGACAGACGUUCGCAGCCUCUGCAGUCUCCACGGUGUGUUUGACCUGAGUCGCUGUGCCUGUUCCUGUGAGCCAGGCUGGGGUGGACCCACCUGCUCUGACUCCACAGAUGCCCCAGUGCCCCCCUCCGCCUCCCCACCCUCAGCCACCCUGUCCUGCCCCGACGACUGCAAUGAUCAAGGUCGCUGCGUCCGCGGACGCUGCGUGUGCUUCCCCGGCUACUCCGGCCCCAGCUGCGGCUGGCCUUCCUGCCCUGGGGACUGUCAAGGCCGCGGGCGCUGCGUCCAAGGCGUGUGCGUGUGCCGGGCUGGCUUCUCAGGCGACGACUGCAGCCAGCGCGCCUGCCCUCGGGGAUGCAGCCAGCGCGGGCGCUGCGAGGACGGGCGCUGCGUGUGUGACCCCGGCUACACUGGCGAGGACUGCGGGUUGAGGAGCUGCCCCCGGGGCUGCAGCCAGAGGGGACGCUGCGAGAACGGGCGCUGCGUGUGCAAACCCGGCUACACUGGCGAGGACUGCGGGCUGAGGAGCUGCCCCCGGGGCUGCAGCCAAAGGGGGCGCUGCGAAGAAGGACGCUGCAUCUGUAACCCUGGCUACACCGGCGAGGACUGCGGUGUGCGCAUCUGCCCCAGGGACUGCGGCGACGGCGGGCGCUGCGUGGACGGCCGCUGCGUGUGCUGGCCAGGGUACACCGGCGAGGACUGCGGCGCGCGGACGUGUCCGCGCGACUGCCAGGGCCGCGGGCGCUGCGAGGACGGCGAAUGUAUUUGCGACGCGGGCUACAGCGGGGACGACUGCGGCGUGCGCAGCUGCCCCGGCGACUGCAACCAAAGGGGCCGCUGCGAGGACGGUCGCUGCGUGUGCUGGCCGGGAUACACCGGGCCUGACUGCGGCGCCCGCGCCUGCCCGCGCGACUGUCGGGGCCGAGGGCGCUGCGAGAAUGGCGUAUGCGUAUGCAACGCGGGCUACAGCGGCGAGGACUGCGGUGUGCGUAGCUGUCCCGGGGACUGUCGCGGCCGGGGCAGUUGCGAGAACGGCCGGUGCGUGUGUUGGCCUGGGUACACGGGCCGGGAUUGUGGCACGCGCGCCUGCCCUGGCGAUUGUCGCGGGCGCGGGCGCUGCGUAGAUGGCCGCUGUGUGUGCAACCCGGGCUUCACGGGCGACGACUGUGGUAGCCGUCGGUGCCCCGGGGACUGCCACAGGCGCGGCCGCUGCGAGGACGGAGUGUGCGUGUGCGACUCAGGCUACGAGGGCGAGGACUGCGGUGCACGCAGCUGCCCCGGGGGCUGCCGAGGCCGCGGCCAGUGCCUGGACGGGCGCUGCGUAUGCGACCACGGCUACGAGGGCGAGGACUGUGGCGUGAGGCGGUGUCCGGGCGACUGCAGUCAGCACGGCGUGUGCCAGGACGGCGUGUGCACCUGCUGGGAGGGCUACACGGGCGAGGACUGCAGCCUCCGCAGCUGCCCCGCCAAUUGCCACCGACGCGGCCGCUGUGAGGACGGGCGCUGCGUGUGUGACUCAGGCUACACUGGCCCGGCCUGCGCCACCCGCACUUGCCCCAACGACUGCCGCGGCCGUGGGCACUGUGUGCAAGGAGUGUGUUUGUGCUACGCGGGCUAUGGCGGCGAGGACUGCGGGCAGGAAGAGCCUCCCGCCAGCGCCUGCCCCGGGGGCUGCGGGCCACGGGAGCUGUGCCGGGACGGCCAGUGUGUGUGCGUGGAAGGCUUCCGAGGCCUGGACUGUGCCAUCCAGACGUGUCCCGGGGACUGCCGGGGCCGGGGAGAGUGCCGUGAAGGCAGCUGCAUCUGUCAAGACGGAUAUGCCGGGGAGGACUGCGGGGAAGAGAUGCCAGCCAUCGAGGGCAUGAGGAUGCACCUCCUGGAGGAGACGACGGUUCGGACAGAGUGGACCCGGGCUCCCGGCCCCGUGGAUGCCUAUGAAAUUCAGUUCAUCCCCACGACAGAGGGGGCCAGCCCCCCAUUCACAGCACGGGUGCCCAGCUCUGCCUCGGCCUAUGACCAGAGAGGACUGGCCCCCGGUCAGGAGUACCGGGUCACUGUCCGUGCCCUUCGAGGGACCAACUGGGGGCCUCCUGCCUCUAAGACCAUCACCACUAUGAUCGAUGGCCCCCAGGAUCUCCGUGUAGUGGCUGUGACUCCGACCACACUGGAACUCAGCUGGCUGCGCCCCCAGGCCGAGGUGGACCGAUUCAUGGUUUCCUACGUCAGUGCUGGCAACCGGAGAGUGCGGUUGGAAGUGCCGCCUGAAGCAGACGGAACCCUGCUCACUGACCUGAUGCCAGGCGUGGAAUACGUAGUGACCGUCACCGCAGAGCGAGGCCGAGCAGUCAGCUACCCAACAUCUGUCAGGGCCAACACAGCACCAGGCCACUACAGUUACCCGGAAGUGCGUCCCCCAGCCCCGGCCCACAAGCCCCGGCCCCGGCCGGUCCCGGCUCCCGGACCUCCGCUGUCCCUCCGGCCCGCGGAGGAGGAGGAGGGAGCGGAGAAAUUCCGGCCGGGGCCGAGCCUGCCCCAGCCCCAGACCCCUCGGCGGGCGUGGGGCAACCUGACGGCCGAGCUGGGCCGCUUCCGCGGCACGGUGCAGGACCUGGAGCGCCACCUGCGGGCGCACGGCUACCCGCUGCGGGCCAACCAGACCUACGCGUCCAUGGCGCGCCUCAUCCACGCAUACUUGCUGCGGCGUCAGGCGGCCGCCGCCCCCGCCGGUUCCCCCACGCCCCCGCCCCGUCGUCCCCGCCCCACAGCCAGUCCCGACCCGCGCACCUGGAAGCGGGAUUCCAACAAGAGCAUCUACGGCCUCUCGCCGGAAGGCAUGGACCGGGUGGCGGCACCCCACCACCCCAAGCCCGAGGUGCUGGGCAAUUCCGCCGAUGGCGGGCUACUCGUGUCUCUCGACGGGCUCCGCGGCCAGUUUGAGCGCUUGGUGCUGCGCUGGUGGCCCCAGCCACCUGCAGAGGGUCCCCGCGGGGAGCUGACCGUGCCGGGCACCACGCGCACCGUCAGACUACCCGACCUCAGGCCCGGCACCACCUACCACGUGGAGGCCCACGGGGUGCGGGCGGGGCAGACCUCCAAGUCCUACGCCCUCAUCACCACCACAGGGACCUCCCCCUCGGGCCUCUUGGGGACCACCGAUGAACCUCCUCCCUCAGGCCCCUCCACGACCCAAGGGGCCCGAGCCCCGCUCCUGCAGCAGCGCCCCCAGGAGCUGGGAGAGUUGAGGGUGCUGGGCAAAGACAAGACCGGGCACCUCCACGUGACCUGGACAGCCCAGCCCGACACCUUUGCCCACUUCCAGCUGCGCCUGCGGGUGCCUGAGGAGCCGGGGGCACAUGAGGAACUGCUGCCAGGGGACGUCCGCCAGGCUCUGGUGCCCCCACCCCCUCCUGGAGCUCCCUACGAGCUGUCACUUCGUGGGGUCCCCCCUGGGGGCGAGCCCUCUACCCCCCUCAUCUACCAAGGCAUUAUGGACAGAGAAGAGGAGAAGUCUGGGAAGCCCUUGGCCCCACCACACCUGGGUGAGCUCACAGUGACGGACGUGACCCCAGACUCACUGUGGUUGCAGUGGACCGUCCCUGAGGGCGAGUUCGACUCCUUCAUGAUCCAGUACAAGGACAGGGAUGGUCCCCAGGUGUUGCCUGUGGAGGGGCCCCAACGCUCAGCGCCCAUCACCUCCCUGGAUCCCAGCCGCAAGUACAAAUUUGUCCUAUAUGGUCUCGUCGGUAAGAAGCGCCACGGUCCUCUGGUCGCUGAAGCCAAGACCUUACCUCGGAGUGACCCCAGUCCAGGGACCCCACCCCACUUGGGAAAGCUGUGGGUGACAGAUGCUACGCCAGACUCGCUGCACCUCUCCUGGACUGUCCCUGAGGGCCAGUUCGACUCCUUCCUGGUCCAAUACAAGGACAGGGAUGGACAGCCCCAGCUGGUGCCUGUGGAGGGGCCUGAGCGCUCAGUCCUUAUCUCCUCCCUGGACCCUGACCACAAGUACAGAUUCACUCUGUUUGGGAUUAGUGGCAAGAAGCGGUAUGGCCCCCUUACAGCCGAUGGCACCACUGCUCCUUUCCCAGACGUGAGGGAAGAGACCCCUGAACCCAUGGAGCCUGCCACAGAGCCCACGGAGGCCCCCGAGGAGCCACUCCUGGGGGAGCUGACAGUGGCAGGGUCCUCCCUGGACUCGCUGAGCCUCGCCUGGACGGUCCCCCAGGGCCGCUUCGACGCCUUCACCGUCCAGUACAAGGACAGGGACGGGCGGCCCCAGGUGGUGCGAGUCGGGGGCGAGGAGAGGGAGGUCACCGUGCGGGGCCUGGAGCCCGGGCGCAAGUACAAGAUGCACCUGUACGGCCUCUACGAGGGGCGGCGCGUGGGCCCCGUGGCCGCUGUGGGCCUGACAGCCCCGCAACGAGAUGAAGAGGCCCCUCCAGCCACUGAACCCCCGCAGGAGCCGCGCCUGGGGGAGCUGACAGUGACAGAUGUGACCCCUGACUCCGUGGGCCUCUCGUGGACAGUCCCUGAGGGCCAGUUUGACUCCUUCGUGGUCCAGUACAAGCACAGGGACGGGCAGCCCCAGGCGGUGCCAGUGGCCGCAGACCAGCGCGAGGUCACCGUCCCUGGCCUGGAGCCUGCACACAAAUACCAGAUUAAUGUCUAUGGGAUGCAUGGUGGACGGCACGUGGGCCCUCUCUCGGUGGUGGCCGUAACAGCUCCCCUCCCGCCAGCUCCGGCCACCGAGCCGCCAGAACCCCCCCAGGAGCCACGCCUGGGGGAGCUGACAGUGACAGAAGUGACCCCCAAAUCUGUGGGCCUCUCGUGGAUGGUCUCUGAAGGCGAGUUUGACUCCUUCGUGGUCCAGUACAAGGACAGGGACGGGCAGCCCCAGGCGGUGCCAGUGGCUGCAGACCAGCGCGAAGUCACUGUCCCCGGCCUGGAGCCCUCCCGCAAGUACAAGUUCCUGCUCUUUGGGAUCCAGGAUGGGAAACGACUUGGCCCGGUCUCUGUGGAGGCAAAGACGGCUGCCCAAGGUGACGCCAGCCCAGGGACUCCACCCCUCCUUGGGGAGCUGCGGGUGACGGACCCCACCCCAGAUUCGCUGCGCCUCUCCUGGACGGUCCCUGAGGGCCACUUCGACUCCUUUGUGGUCCAGUUUAAGGGCAGGGACGGGCCCCAGGUGGUGCCUGUGGAGGGCCACGAGCGCUCGGUCACCAUUGCCCCCCUGGACCCCGGCCGCAAGUACAGAUUCCUCCUCUACGGCCUCCUGGGCAAGAAGCGCCACGGCCCUCUCACAGCGGACGGCACCACCGAGGCGCGGAAGGUGGUGGAUGAGACUGGAACAAAGCGUCCCCCCAAACCUCGCCUGGGGGAGGAGCUGCAGGUGACCAGUGUGACCCCAGACUCUGUGGACCUCUCAUGGUCAGUCCCUGAGGGCGAGUUCGACUCCUUCGUGGUCCAGUACAAGGCCAGGGAUGGGCAGCCGCAGGUGGUGCCUGUGGAGGGCAGCCUCAGGGCAGUGCGUGUCUCGGGCCUGGAGCCGGCCCGCAGGUACAAGCUGCUGUUCUACGGGCUGCACGACGGCAGGCGUGUGGGUCCCCUGUCCGUGAUCGCCAUGACUGCCCCCAGGGAGGACAGUGGAGGCCAGGCCCAGCCCCGCCUGGGGGAGCUGAUGGUGGAGGAGGCCACCCCGCAGGCCCUGCACCUCUCCUGGACGGUGACUGAGGGGAAAUUCGACUCCUUCGAGGUCCAGUACACAGACAAGCAUGGGCAGCUCCAGGUGGUCAAUUUAGAGGGCGACAGGAGUGAGGUCACCAUCUCUGGCCUAGAACCUGACCACAGAUACCUGGUGAACCUGUACGGUUUCCAUGAUGGGCAGCGUGUGGGCCCCAUCCACACUGAGGCCCAGACAGUCCCCCAGGAGGAGGACGAACCUUCAGAACCAUCUCCCUCUGCCCCCGAGCCUCCCGUCAAGCCCCGACUGGGGGAGGUGACCGUGACAGACGCCACCCCCGACUCCCUGGGCCUCUCCUGGACGGUCCCCGAGGGCCAGUUUGACCACUUCCUGGUCCAGUACAAGAAUGGGGACGGGCAGCCUAAGGCGGUGCGGGUGCCGGGGCACGAAGAUGGGGUCACCGUCUCGGGCCUGGAGCCAGACCACAAGUAUAAGAUGAACCUGUACGGCUUCCACGGCGGCCAGCGCGUGGGCCCCGUCUCUGUGGUCGGGGUGACGGCUGCAGAGGAGGAUGAAACCCUCAGCCCCACGGAGAAGGAGACCCCUGCCCCAACGGAGCCCCCCAUGGAGCCCACGGAGGCCCCUGAGGAGCCGCUCCUAGGGGAGCUGACAGUGACAGCGUCCUCCCCAGACUCACUGAGCCUCACCUGGAUGGUCCCCCAGGGCCACUUCGACACCUUCACCAUCCAGUACAAGGACAGGGACGGGCAGCCCCAGGUGGUGCGAGUCGGGGGCGAGGAGAGGGAGGUCACCGUGUGGGGCCUGGAGCCCGGGCGCAAGUACAAGAUGCACCUGUACGGCCUCCACAAGGGGCAGCGUGUGGGCCCCGUGGCCGCCGUGGGCCUGACAGCGCCUGAAGGGGAGCCCCCAGCUCCUGCACCCCCACCCCCCGCCGCCCCGCGGAGCCUCCCAAAGCCGCACCUGGGGGAGGUGACCGUGACAGACGCCACCCAUGACUCCCUGGGCCUCUCCUGGACGGUCCCCGAGGGCCAGUUUGACCACUUCCUGGUCCAGUACAAGAACGGGGAUGGGCAGCCCAAGGCUGUGCGGGUGCCGGGACACGAGGACGGGGUCACCAUCUCAGGCCUGGAGCCAGACCACAAGUACAAGAUGAACCUGUACGGCUUCCAUGGCGGCCAGCGCAUGGGCCCCGUCUCCGUUGUUGGCUUGACCGCUCCAGGAAAGGAGGAAGAAAUGACCCCAGUCCCAACAGGCCCCUCCACCACACCCCUGGAGCCUCCCGUCAAGCCCCGACUGGGGGAGGUGACCGUGACAGACGCCACCCCCGACUCCCUGGGCCUCUCCUGGACGGUCCCCGAGGGCCAGUUUGACCACUUCCUGGUCCAGUACAAGAACGGGGAUGGGCAGCCCAAGGCGGUGCGGGUGCCGGGACACGAGGACGGGGUCACCAUCUCGGGCCUGGAGCCAGACCACAAGUACAAGAUGAACCUGUACGGCUUCCACAGCGGCCAGCGCGUGGGCCCCGUCUCUGUGGUCGGGGUGACAGCUCUGGUGGAGGACGAGACCCUCAGCUCCACAGAGGAGGAGGAGACCCCUGCCCUCACGGAGCUCCCCACGGAGCCCACAGAGGCCCCUGAGGAGCCACUCCUGGGGGAGCUGACAGUGACAGGGUCCUCCCUGGACUCGCUGAGCCUCACCUGGACGGUCCCCCAGGGCCGCUUCGACACCUUCACCGUCCAGUACAAGGACAGGGACGGGCGGCCCCAGGUGGUGCGAGUCGGGGGCGAGGAGAGGGAGGUCACCGUGCGGGGCCUGGAGCCCGGGCGCAAGUACAAGAUGCACCUGUACGGCCUCCACGAGGGGCGGCGUGUGGGCCCCAUAGCCGCCGUGGGCCUGACAGCCCCACAGGAGGUUGUGGAUGAGACCCCCACCCCCACGGAGCCCCCCACAGAGCCCCCCACGGAACCCCUGGAACUCUCCGAGGAGCCACUCCUGGGGGAGCUGACAGUGACAGGGUCCUCCCCGGACUCACUGAGCCUCGCCUGGACGGUCCCCCAGGGCCGCUUCGAUGCCUUCACCAUCCAGUACAAGGACAGGGACGGGCGGCCCCAGGUGGUGCGAGUCGGGGGCGAGGAGAGGGAGGUCACCGUGCGGGGCCUGGAGCCCAGGCGCAAGUACAAGAUGCACCUGUACGGCCUCCAUGAGGGACAGCGUGUGGGCCCCGUGGCCGCCGUGGGCCUGACAGCCCUGCAGGAGCAUGUGGAUGAGACACCCGCCCCCACGGAAGAGGACGAGGACAAGACCCCGGCCCCCACGGAGCCCCCCAUGGAGCCCACGGAGGCCCCCGAGGAGCCACUCCUGGGGGAGCUGACAGUGACAGGGUCCUCCCCGCACUCACUGAGCCUCACCUGGAUGGUCCCCCAGGGCCGCUUCGAUGCCUUCACCAUCCAGUACAAGGACAGGGACGGGCGGCCCCAGGUGGUGCGAGUCAGGGGCGAGGAGAGGGAGGUCACCGUGCGGGGCCUGGAGCCCGGGCGCAAGUACAAGAUGCACCUGUAUGGCCUCCACGAGGGGCGGCGCAUGGGCCCUGUGGCCGCCGUGGGCCUGACGGAGGAUGAAGCUAUGAUGACCCCAGACCUGCCCACUGCGACCCCCGAGCCUCCCAUCAAACCGCGCCUGGGGGAGGUGACCGUGACAGACGCCACCCCCGACUCCCUGGGCCUCUCCUGGACGGUCCCCGAGGGCCAGUUUGACCACUUCCUGGUCCAGUACAAGAACGGGGACGGGCAGCUCAAGGCAGUGCGGGUGCCGGGACACGAGGACAGGGUCACCAUCUCGGGCCUGGAGCCAGACCACAAGUACAAGAUGAACCUGUACGGCUUCCACAGCGGCCAGCACGUGGGCCCCGUCUCUGUGGUCGGGGUGACGGCUCCGGAGGAGGACGAGACCCUCACCCCCACGGAGGAGGAGGAGACCCCCACCCCCACGGAGCCUCCCACGGAGCCCACAGAGGCCCCCGAGGAGCCGCUCCUGGGGGAGCUGACAGUGAUGGGGUCCUCCCCGGACUCGCUGAGCCUCACCUGGACGGUCCCCCAGGGCCACUUCGACGCCUUCACCAUCCAGUACAAGGACAGGGACGGGCGGCCCCAGGUGGUACGAGUUGGGGGCGAGGAGAGGGAGGUCACUGUGCGGGGCCUGGAGCCCGGGCGCAAGUACAAGAUGCACCUGUACGGCCUCCACGAGCUGCAGCGUGUGGGCCCCGUGGCCGCCGUGGGCCUGACAGAGGAUGAAGCUAUCAUGACCCCAGACCUGUCCACUGUGACCCCAGAGCCUCCCGUCAAGCCGCGCCUGGGGGAGGUGACCGUGACAGACGCUACCCCUGACUCCCUGGGCCUCUCCUGGACGGUUCCUGAGGGCCAGUUUGACCACUUCCUGGUCCAGUACAAGAACGGGGACGGGCAGCCCAAGGCAGUGCGGGUGCCAGGACACGAGGACGGGGUCACCAUCUCAGGCCUGGAGCCAGGCUACAAGUACAAGAUGAACCUGUACGGCUUCCACGGCGGCCAGCGCGUGGGCCCCGUCUCUGUGGUCGGGGUGACGGCUCCAGAGGAGGAGGAGACCCUCGCCCCAGCAGAGGAGGAGGAGACCCCUGCCCCCACGGAGCCCUCCAUGGAGCCCACGCAGCCCCCUGAGGAGCCGCUCCUGGGGGAGCUGACAGUGACAAGGUCCUCCCCAGACUCGCUGAGCCUCACCUGGACGGUCCCCCAGGGCCACUUCGACACCUUCACCGUCCAGUACAAGGACAGGGACGGGCGGCCCCAGGUGGUGCGAGUUGGGGGCGAGGAGAGGGAGGUCACCGUGUGGGGCCUGGAGCCUGGGCGCAAGUACAAGAUGCACCUGUACGGCCUCCAUGAGGGACAGCGUGUGGGCCCCGUGGCCGCCGUGGGCCUGACAGCCUCCCUGCCCACAGAGCCCCCCGUGGAGCCGCGCCUGGGGGAGCUGGCCGUGGCCGCCGUGAGCUCGGACACAGUGCGCCUCUCGUGGACGGUGGCCCAGGGCCCCUUCGACUCUUUCCUGGUCCAAUUCAGGGAUGCCCAGGGGCAGCCCCAGACCGUGUCCGCAGGGGGAGACCUCCACGAGGUCACCGUCUCAGGCCUGGACCCGGCCCGCAAGUACAAGUUCCUACUCUUCGGACUCCAGGAUGGGAAACGGCGCGGCCCAGUCUCCGUGGAGGCGAAGACCCUCCCAGACACGAAGCCUUCUCCCCGCCUGGGGGAGCUGACGGUGAUGGGCGUGACCCCGGACUCCAUGGACCUCUUGUGGACGGUCCCCGAGGGCGAGUUUGACUCCUUCGUGGUCCAGUACAAGGACAGGGACGGGCAGCCCCAGGUGGUGCCCGUGGCCGCAGACCAGCGCGAGGUCACUGUCCCGGGUCUGGAGCCCAACAGGAGAUACAAGUUCCUGCUGUAUGGCCUGGCAGGCCGGAGGCGGCUGGGGCCCGUCUCUGCUGACGGCACCACCGCUCCCCGGGAGAAGGAGCAGCCCCCACCCCGCCUGGGGGAACUGGCAGUGACUGAUGAAACCUCAGACUCCCUGCGCCUCUCGUGGACGGUGGCCCAGGGCCCCUUUGACUCCUUCCUGGUGCAGUACAGGGACCCGGAUGGGCAGCCCCAGGAGGUGCCCGUGGCUGGAGGGCAGCAUGAGGUCACUAUAGAGGACCUGGAGCCUGGCAGAAAAUACAAGUUUCUGCUCUACGGGCUCCUUGGAGGGAAGCGCCUGGGCCCAGUCACCGUCCUGGGAGAGACAGCCCCAGAGGAGGUCACACCGGCCCCCUGGCACCCUGCCACAGAGGCCCCCGAGCCCCCCGAGGAGCCCCGCCUGGGGGAACUGGCAGUGACCGACAGAGCCCCAGACUCCCUGCGUCUCUCGUGGACGGUGGCCCAGGGCCCCUUCGACUCCUUCGUGGUCCAGUACAGGGACCCGGAUGGGCAGCCCCAGACCAUGCUCAUUGGAGGCGACCAGAAGAAGGCCCUUGUCUCAGGCCUGGAGCCCAGCACCUCCUACACGUUCUUCCUCUAUGGCCUCCAUGAAGGGAAGCGCCUGGGGCCCGUCUCGGCCAAGGGCACCACAGGGCAGGCUCCUGCCGGUCAGACCCCAGGGGAGCCAGGGCCCCGCCUGUCCCAGCUGUCGGUGACCGACGUGACCACCAGUUCCCUGCGGCUCAACUGGGAGGCCCCGCCCGAAGCCUUUGACUCCUUCCUGCUCCGCUUCGGGGUGCCGUCACCAAGCACCCUGGAGCCGUAUCCACGGCCUCUGCUGCAGCGGGAGCUGACAGUGCCUGGGUCGCGGCGCUCAGCCAUGCUCCGGGACCUGAAGCCCGGGACCCUGUACAGCCUAACGCUGUAUGGGCUGCGUGGGCCCCACAAGGCCGACAGCAUCCAGGGCACGGCCCGCACGCUCAGUCCUGUUCUGGAGAGCCCCCACGACCUUCAAUUCAGUGAAAUCCGGGAGACCUCGGCCAAGGUCAGCUGGGUGCCCCCGCCAUCCAGAGUGGACAGCUUCAAAGUCUCCUACCAGCUGGCGGAUGGAGGUGAGCCACAGAGUGUACAGAUGGAUGGCCGGACCUGGACCCACACGCUAAAGGGGCUGAUCCCAGGCACUCGCUAUGAGGUGACCGUGGUCUCCGUCCGCGGUUUUGAGGAGAGCGAGCCUCUCACGGGCUUCCUCACCACGGUUCCUGAUGGACCCACCCAGCUGAAAGCCCUGAACCUGACCGAGGGAUCUGCCCUGCUACACUGGAAGCCCCCCCAGAAGCCUGUGGACAAAUAUAACGUCCGGGUCUCAGCCCCCGGGGCCCCCUCAGUCCAGGGCUCAGCCCCAGGCGUUGCUGUGGAUUAUCCCCUAAGUGGCCUGGAGCUCCACACCAACUACACAGCCACCGUGCGCGGCCUUCGGGGUCCCAACUUCACCUCCCCAGCCAGCAUCAUCUUCACCACAGGGUUAGAGGCCCCCCAGGACUUGGAAGCCAAGGAAGUGACUCCCCGCACAGCCCUGCUCACUUGGACUGAACCCCAGACCCCACCCACAAACUACCUGCUCAGCUUUGACACACCUGGCAGACCGACCCAGGAGGUCCUGCUCCCAGGAGGGGUCAUCUCUCACCUGCUCCAGGGCCUCUUUCCCUCCACCCCUUACAGUGUCCGGCUCCGGGCCAUGUGGGACCAGAGCUUCACACCCCCUGUGGCCACCUCCUUCACCACAGGUGGACUGCGGAUCCCCUUCCCUCGGGACUGUGGGGAGGAGAUGCAGAAUGGGGCCAGCAGCUCGCACACGACCACCGUCUUCCUCAAUGGCAACCGCGAGCGGCCCCUGACCGUGUUUUGUGACAUGGAAACCGAUGGGGGCGGCUGGCUGGUAUUCCAGCGCCGCAUGGAUGGGCAAACGGACUUCUGGAGGGACUGGGAGGACUAUGCCCAUGGCUUUGGGAACACCUCUGGGGAGUUCUGGCUGGGCAAUGAGGCCUUGCACACCCUGACGCAGGCCGGUGACUACUCCAUGCGUGUGGACCUGCGGGCUGGGGACGAGGCCGUGUUCGCCCAGUACGAGUCCUUCCGGGUGGACUCGGCCGCUGAGUACUAUCGCCUGCACCUGGAGGGCUACCACGGCACCGCAGGGGACUCCAUGAGCUACCACAGCGGCAGUGUCUUUUCCGCCCGUGACCGAGACCCCAACAACUUGCUCAUUUCCUGUGCCGUCUCCUACCGCGGGGCCUGGUGGUACAAGAACUGCCACUACGCCAACCUCAACGGGCUGUACGGGAGCACGGUGGACCACCAGGGAGUGAGCUGGUACACCUGGAAGGGCUUCGAGUUCUCUGUGCCCUUCACGGAAAUGAAGCUCAGGCCGAGAAGGUACCGGCCCCCAGCCCAGGGAGGCUGAGGCGGCGGCCCGCCUCUCCGGCGCCCCUGCCCGACUGCCGAGCACUGAGGGGUCGCGCCGAGAGGAGAGCCAGGGGCCGCCUUCACCACCCAGUCACGGAGGACGCCUUCUCCGCCGCGAUCUCACAGUAUCAUGUUUACAGGGGGGAGGGGAGGGGAUGGUCGGGGAGCAAUAAAAGGAGAAAGCGAG